AAUGCGGGCUGGAGCGGUCCCGCCGCGGUACCAGCCUCCGGCCUGUCGCCGGGACGGCCCCUGACCCGGGCGCGCCCGCCGCUCGGGGGCAGAAGGGCCGGCGGAGCGCCAUGGCCUGCAUCCUGAAGGGUCCCCCGUUUCCUAGCUGCGGAGCCACAGUCGACCCUUUCCUCUCGGAGCCUCAGUUUCUUCAUCUGUGACGUGGGGAUAACCAUGCCUGCCUCCGCGUGCUGUGGCCAAGAGCCCGAUCAGAUAAUGCACGUAACGCCUGGAGCCCAGUGUGCGGCCACCUGGUGACCGGUCGCCAAGCGGCCGAGAUCUGCCCUCUGCGUCUCUGCGAAAGUCAAUGAUUGCAGUGAGCUUCAUAGCCGCGUUCCUCUUCCUGCUGGUUGUACGCCUUGUAAAUGAAGUGAAUUUCCCACUGCUGCUAAACUGCUUUGGACAGCCUGGCACAAAAUGGAUCCCAUUCUCCUACACAUAUAGGCGGCCCCUUCGAACUCACUAUGGCUACAUAAAUGUGAGGACACAAGAGCCUUUGCAACUGGACUGUGACCUUUGCGCCAUAGUGUCAAACUCAGGUCAGAUGGUUGGCCAGAAGGUGGGCAAUGAGAUAGAUCAGUCAUCCUGCAUUUGGAGAAUGAACAAUGCCCCCACCAAGGGCUAUGAAGAAGAUGUUGGCCGCAUGACAAUGAUUCGAGUUGUGUCCCAUACCAGCGUUCCUCUUUUGCUAAAAAACCCUGACUAUUUUUUCAAGGAAGCAAAUGCUACUAUUUAUGUCAUUUGGGGCCCUUUCCGCAAUAUGAGGAAAGAUGGCAAUGGCAUCGUUUACAACAUGCUGAAAAAGACUGUUGACAUCUACCCGAAUGCCCAAAUUUACGUGACCACAGAGAAGCGCAUGAGUUACUGUGAUGGCAUUUUUAAGAAGGAAACUGGGAAAGACAGAGUCCAGUCUGGCUCUUAUCUCAGCACGGGAUGGUUUACCUUCAUUCUGGCCAUGGAUGCCUGUUAUGGUAUUCACGUCUACGGGAUGAUAAAUGACACCUACUGCAAGACAGAAGGAUAUAGGAAAGUCCCCUAUCAUUACUAUGAACAAGGAAGAGAUGAGUGUGAUGAAUAUUUUCUUCAUGAACAUGCUCCAUAUGGGGGGCAUAGGUUUAUCACUGAAAAGAAAGUAUUUGCUAAAUGGGCCAAGAAACACAGGAUAAUAUUCACACACCCAAACUGGACAGUGUCUUGAUGUUAGUUUUUCUGAUCUUGCCACAACACUUGACACCACCAUAAUACCACAACUGUGAUGCUGAUGAUGCUGAUGCGGAUGAUGAUGACGAUAAAGACAACAACAGUGAUGAUCAAGUUUCUGUACAUUCUCAGAUAUGGAUGGUGACUCUGCCAGUAAUUUGAACUUGGGGUUUCACGGAGGGUGGGUGUGCUCUUUACAUUCUUUCUGAAGGUUCAACAUUACAUACUGCACUUUAUAAUUUAACUGGAAUUGAAAUGAAGGCCAGUAACAUGACAGCAGUGACCUAAGAAAUGGGAAGAUUAUCUUUCAAGAUAGCUGCUCAGAAUUUUUGGACAGUACGUAACUCUCAAAAGCCAUGGGAUUUAGCCUCAUGAGGCAAGGUUAUUGACUCUAUGGUCUCUUGAACUUGAGCAGCUCCACCAUUUUGAUGAAUGGUUGAUUGUCAGACACUGACCCAAGAAAUGCUAUCUGGGUACAAGCACCGUACCAUAGUUACUAAUUAGCCUAGAGGCAGGGAAGGAAUCUCUUCCUGACAAACCAUGGUCCUACAGUACCUCCUACAGCUAACGCCUCAGGCCAUUUCCUAACAAUGAACAUAUCACCGACAUCCUACCAAUCGGGAUUCUUCAACAAUUCAAACAAAAUGGGCCAACUAGAAAAUCUUGAUGAAUUUUCCCUCUCACCACUCCAUUCUCACUACCCCAAACAACAUAACUAAACAUGUCACUAGAGUGAUCUCUAUUACAGCUUAGUUAUUUUUGGUUGAGUCCUAAAUAUUUCAGAAAGCUAUUUAACAUGUAAGAUACCAACACUGUAAUAACAUAUACUGUGAAAGCAUUCUUAAAACAUAACCAAAAGGGUUUGCUAACUCUGCUUCAACAUCCAACAACACAAAAAUAUAUGCUUUUUAAAAUCAUGAAACAAGGAAAACAAAGCAUAUUUUUACAUCAAUUUGUAUCCUACCAUACUUCAUAAUAUAUAUUUGUAUAUUCAAAUUUCUACUUUAUAGGCUCAGAUGCAUCCCUCCGUACAUUACAUUAUCUUGUCAAGUGCCAACUGUUAGACAUGGAGAGGAAAUGAUUCCUUGUAUUAAAUCUGACCAGAGCUUUUGCCUUCUAGGGGUUUAUUUUCCCCUCAGUGUAUCAGUUGUUAUACCAUAAUAACAACACUAAUGAUGACCUUAAUGUCCAAAGUGCUUUGUCAUUUAAAGUUCUUAUACAUAUGCUGUCCUAUGUGAUGCCCGUGACCACCCUACUGGGCAAUUGCCUACACAUUCUGACAUCUCCUCAGCAGAUGAUCUGUAAUUUGUUAAUUGCUUUGAUGCAGAUCUCCAGAUCUUUCCCUCUGCUAAUAUUUGUAUAGAAUAGCAUUUAUGUAGACUAGUAACCAAGUGAUUUCAGUGCCAAAUACAAUAUAUUAUAUCAGGAUUAUGCAAAAAGUAUCACAAGGAUGGUCUUGGCCAUAGACUAGGACACCUGUGAAGAUACGUAGUUUUGAUUUUUUUUUUUUUUUAAUGAUCUUUUUAGGUAGAGAAAAGAUGAGGAAGCAGGGAUAACAGUAGGGAAUGAACACAGAGAAAUAGUUUCCUGUCCCCACCUUGAGAUGACAUAGUUCUCCAUACACUUGUGGCCCAUUAAAUAUUAGAACAUUGAUUUGCUGAGAGAGCAGACGAGAGACCAGAAAUAUCCUUGCAAAGGAUUCAAAAGACACAGCCAAGCCUAACCGACAGAAUGCUGUGGAAGAUGAAAGUGAUGACACACUUCACCUCAGGAGCUCUUUGCAGCUCUAACCAGUGUGCUAAGUCCCACGAUAAGUUCCCAUUUGAUGGGCCGUCCUGGACAAAAAGCCUCUUUGCUGCUCUCCACUGCCAUUUGUAUAACACCAACACUCAAGUCCGUGAAAAUGGCCAAACGCCACUUCCAUCGGUGGAACUGUUAUCGCUGUUAUUCUUCUGUUGUUUCCUCGUGUGGUUUUCAGUUCUAUGUGUGUCAGGGUAUUUUUUUUCUUUUUUGAGCAAAUGAUGGAUAGAAAUGCCCACUCAAAGAAAAAUAAACAUAUGCAAAUGUUAAAAUUAUAAUACAGAUUGUUUUCCCCCCUGUUGUGAUAUAGAAGUUCCACUUUUAAAUAAAAAGGAACACUUGA